CAGCGCGCCGCCAACCUAAUAUUCGAGAACGGAAUCCCACCCCCAAAGCCCCGCGCCCCCUCACCCACCGCCCACAUCGAAGAGUUCGACAUCGAUGACUCCGCACAGGGCCUGCUGGGCAACAACUCGCGCGGCGGCCGCGGGUUCCGGCGCGUGCACGCGUCCUCGUCGCCCGGCGUGCUCAGUGCACGGCCCCUGCGCGCCGUCCUCGCCGUCCUCACGCUCCCGCUGCGCCUCCUCACCUCCGUGCUUCGCUUCAUCUUCCGCAUCCUACGCAUCCCGUUCCCCCAGUUCGUGCCCUUCACGUGGUCGAGCCUGCAGUACCGCCCGCUCGGCCCCGGCUCGGGCGCGGAUGGACGCGCGCUGGACCCGAGGGCGCAGGCGGAGCGGUGGGUCCGCGCGCUCGAGGAGGAGACGGGCGCGGUCUGUGUUGGCCGUGCGGGCGCGAGAAGGGCGGAGGCAAAGGCGGGCAGCACGGCGAGCGGUGCGGACGUCGCAGGCACGUCGAGCUUGACGUCGCGGGCGGGUGAGUAUGGCGAGGAGGAUGGAGGGGAGGGCGUGGCGAAGCUCCUGCCGGACUUCUUCCUCAGGAGCUACGAGGAGUUUGUGAAAAUGUGCGAGCGCGGUGCGAAGGUCGGGUGUGUGGUGCUCGUGAGCGAGGAGCAUGAUGAUGUGCCCGAGUUCAAGCGGAGCACCUUGACGGACCCGACACUGAUCAAGAUCAUCCAGGACAACGACAUUUUGGUCUGGGGCGGUGACAUCCGGGAUAGAGAGGCAUGGAGUGCUGCACAGAAGCUUCAAGCAACCACGUAUCCCUUCGUCGCAUUCAUCGCGCUCCAACAGCGCCGACUAGGCAGCUCCGGGUCGGCCCCAGCAAACGUCCUGACCAUCCUCUCGCGGCACCAGGGACCCUCCAUCCCGUCCACGUCUGCGCCCACUGCGGCACAGACGCUCACCACGCACCUCACCGAGCAGCUCCUCCCGCGCGUCACGCCCUUCCUUACAAAGGUGCGCGCCCAGGCCUCCGAGCGCGACCGCGAGCGGCAGUUGCGCGCGGAGCAGGACCGUGCGUUCGAGGAGAGCCGGCGGAGGGACAAGGAGCGUAUCGAGCAGCGUCAGAACGAAGAGCGGCACGCACAGCAGGAGCAGCGCCGCCGCGCCGAGGCCGAAGCUCGCGCACAGGAGGAAGCCCGCGCGCAGGAGGCGGCGCAGCGCGCAUGGGACGCGCACCGCAUGGAGUGGCGCAAGUACCUCCGCCGCCAGCUCGUCAUGCGCGAACCGCGGCCCGGCGAGACGGGGCACGGGAAGACAAUGCGCGUCGGGUUCAGGAUGCCCGACGGGCGCCGGUCGGUGCGGUUCUUCGGCGAGAGCGAUACGGUCACGUCGCUCUACGCGUACAUGGACUCGAUGUUCGCGCCCAAGGAGGUGCCCGACAAGGCUGAC